UCGAAGGACGAUCUCCAAUCUCAUCUCCUCCGAAACACCGCCGCCGAAGAAUCUCCGCCCAAUCGAAUCAACCAUCGACGAGAUGCUCCGCCUCCACGCCGGCGAGUUCGGCCGUUGGCAGCUGAAGCACUUCGUCCUCACGAGCACCGCCUGGGCCCUCGAAGCAUUUCACACGAUGGUGAUGAUUUUCGCCGACCGCGAAACCCUAGCUGGCGGUGCUCGGAUCCGACAGGGUUUGCCCGCCGACCCUUGUGGGCUUGGGCCGGGUGCGUGGGAGUUGGAUGGGAGGGGCGGGUCGACGGUGGCGGAGUGGGGGUUGGUUUGCGGUCAGAAGUACAAAGUUGGGUUGGUUCAGUCUGGCUUCUUCCUCGGCUGCAUGAUCGAUUUUGCGUUCGAUUAGCCCUUAUUUUGGGAGCAAAUCCUAUCUACUACCAUACAUAUUGAGAUUGGU